AUGACGAGCAUCGACAAGAACAGCUUCACGCUGAGUGCUCUGGGCCAACAGGCGCAAAGUCAGCGUCAGUUGGCAGCACAUCACUCCAUCAGCGCCGUGAGCCGCGAUGCCCGACAGAAUGUCUUCAUCACGGAGAAGCACAUCAAACCCAACAGGUUGGGACGAGAAUCGCCAAAGGUUAACAGCAUCCACCUGUCCUCCACCCUGGACACCAACUUGGCCACCACCACAGGGCUGGGCUAUGGCGGACGAUCCGACUUCACCGCACAGAAGGUGGAUCCUGAUAGCAUCCCUAGCAACGAUGCCAUGAACCUCAUGCCGGAUGGACAACAGUUCAAGUACAAGCGUGAUCCCAAGAUUGUGAUCGGCACUGAGCCGCGCUUCAGCUUGAAGGAAUCCACGCUGUCGAAGACCCACAAGGCUGCCUUCUUUGGGCGCAACAGUCCCGGCCCCGCGGGGGUGGGGGACGAGUUCGGGCCCAAAUUCGAGGUGACCAAGGCGCGAAUGGCCAUGGCCAUGCCUUUCGCGCACAAGACCAAGCUGGUCUGGCCAGGUAUGUACAACAACCCGCCAGAGGUGGGUCCUGGCACCUUCGAAAGGAAGGAUAGUUCCAUUGGACCCCAACACCUCAGCAAGCGAAAGAAUCAUUCCACCUAUUCCUUUGCCAAAGGCCCGAAGUUUGGUCGCCAGCCGGCAACGGAUGACGUGAUCUCCAAGUACGACGCGGCGCGCAGUUGCUUCGGCAAACAGGUCCUGCACAAGAACCGCAGCGCACCGGCCGUGGGCUUCAACCAUGACACCCGCGACAUGAGAUCCAAGACCAAGGUUUGCAUGACCAAAUUGGAUGAGGGACCUCGCGCCAAUUUCACCAAGAUGCACAUUCCCAUGCCCAAGCUGCCGAUGGAGAGAGCAACGGCCCUGCGUGCCAUCAGCAAGUGGCACGCACACCGAACUGUCAAGGCAUAUUUGGAGAUCUUGACGGCUCUGGAACGCCGUCUCGAUGCAGGAUGCCAGUUCCGAAAUCUUCCGCUGGUGCAGCAGCUCCGUGAACGCGUAUUUAUUCCGGAGACCGGCUUUGUGAAUGCAACCAAGUGCAGGUGGCGAAGCUGCCCGGGCCGCAGCGCUGCGUGGUAUGACCUCUCUGAGGUCUAUAGUGCGGAGCACUUUGCGGAAUCUUCCCAGUUGCAGCGCUACUUCACCUUUUGGCUGGAUGUGCCAACAACCUUAAGCCUGGAGGAAAUCCUGGAAGCCUUGCGAGCGUUGCGCUCCAGCAAUAGGUUGUCGAGGUGGACGGGCCAUGCGCUGGAAGAAGGCCCGACGUUGCCGCGUGCUGCCGCACUGUACAAAGAGCUCUGCCUCGCCUUGCGGAGUCAUGAGCCGAUGGAGCUCCAGGCCUUCAAGGAUGAAGCCUUGAUCUACGGCGCAUCGGCCGGACGAUGGCUGAAGGCCUGCGAGUGUUUGUGGAAGAUGCCUGACCGAGCACCUGAAGGUUGGAGCACGCAGCGGGAAGAGCUUCUGACCAACUAUGGGCCUGAUCCCUUGCUCAAGGAAGUUUUCACUGAGAGACUGGGGGUCCCUGUCUCCGUGAGAUUCGACUGCUCAUGGGAAGCGCCAGUGGUGCCAGUUGCACUUCAAGGGCAGCCUGUUUGGAUCUUAGAUGAAGCUGCAGGUGAUCUACCACAGAGUAGCCUGCGUAGCGAAGCGUCGCGGACUUCGGGGGACCCGAAAGCUGGAGCAGAGCCAGCUCCGCAGGAGCCAGUGGAGAGUGAUGAGAUCGUGGAGGCUAAGUCUGAUUCAGGUGAUGCCGAAUUGGCAAGUGAAGCACAGCCGAAGGCUGCUGGCACUGAAGCUGCAGUGGAUGAGACCUGUGGCCCAGUAGAGUUGGCAAAGGUGAAGGGGUCCAAGGUAUCACAGGAACCAACAGCUGAAGCAGACUCACUGAGUGAUCCAGAAGGCUAUGUGGAAUCAAAUGUCCAACUGCGAGGGGUGGCGUCAGAUGGUCGUCAGGAACGGCGCCAGAUGCUGGAGAAAUUGGCGGCCAGCGUCAAAACGAUGAGCAAUGACAGGCAGAUGGUCUCCAAAUCCAACCGUGUGAAGCAUCGCUCAGAGGUCUGUGUGGAUUGCAAUCCACAGCAUGACUUGGUGAAAGUGGGUCAUUUAGAAUUACCCAUGGCUGACGUGUCCAUCCCCGUGUGGGUCGAACGCGGCCAGACAGCCGCCAUGGCCAGGCUGAAGGCUUGUCGCUCCAGUCAAGCGCUGGAUCGUUUCGCCGAUUUGUUGAUGGCCGUGGCCGAUCUCUUCUCGGUACCUUGCCGGGAGCGGGUGCACAUCUUUGAAGAAGAUUCCCAGACGGUGGCCUUCAACAGCGCGGCGCUCUUCUUCAACCUGCGUUUCUUCGUGGAGGCCGCCAACCUUAAUGUCACGUUGGCAGCGGCAGUGCUGGGAUAUCCCAGCGAGUUGCUGUUGAAGAGUGAGGCCGUUGCCCUCGGCGUCCAGUGGCGCGGCAACGCCACGCAGCACAGCAGCCACGAGGACCUGCCGCAGCUGGAGACGCAUCGCUCGGAGCUCCUGAGCAGGGAGGAGGCCGAGGCGCUGGGUGUGAUUUGGCGUGGUAAUGCGACAGAACACUCCAGUCACGAGGAAUUGCCGGAGCCCAACGGUGGAUAUCCCGAUGCAUUUUCCUGGUGUGACAAGGACGGCGUCAACUAUUGCACCAUUUCGUUGAACCAGCACAUUCCACAGUACUGUGGCUCGUGCUGGGCGCACGGAGCAGUGUCUGCACUUGGGGAUCGCAUCAAGAUUGCGCGCAAGGCACAAGGUGCUGAUGUGCAGCUUUCAGUGCAACACAUGCUCAACUGUGGUAACGCAGGAUCCUGUCACGGUGGCACUGUGGAUGGUCCCUACCAGUGGAUCCACAAAAUCAGUCGAUCUGGAAGUGGAAUUUCUUACUUCACCUCCCAGCCUUACUUGGCAUGUUCCAGUGGGAAUCGUGCCGGAAUUUGCCCCCAUGUUGAUACAAGCUGCAAAGCAGAGAAUGUCGCAAGGACUUGCAGUACCUUUGGGGAGCCCUGUGUGGGAUUGGAUACCUAUCCCAACGCCACCAUCUCAGACUAUGGUUCUAUUCGUGGCAAGGCCGCCAUGAUGAAAGAAAUCUUCAACCGUGGCCCCAUCUCCUGUGGCAUUGAUGCGGGACCGCUGCUGAAAUACACCUCGGGCAUUGCGAGGGGCUGGCGCUUCCUCCCGGACCAUGUGGUUUCAGUGGUGGGCUGGGGCACUGACGCCGAUGAAGGUUUCUAUUGGAUCGUGCGCAACUCCUGGGGCGAGUAUUGGGGCGAGCAGGGCUACGUCCGGGUGAAGGGCGGCGCGUUGGCACUGGAGCAGCAGUGCACUUGGGCUGUGCCUGGAGAUUACACAGCUCCGGAGAAAGACAACGAGGUGCAUUGCUAUGAAGGUGGCGAGAACUGCCAGAGCAAGUCAGGUUCCUCUGCGCUGCGCGGCAACCGCCCAGCACCAGUGCCGCAGCGCCGCAGCAAACUCUGGAAGCGCGAGGAGGUUGAGCGCCGUGGCUUCGUGUGGAACGGCAACUCUUCAAACCCUUCGUCGCAUGAGCUCUUGGAUCUGCCUUCAAAUGGCUAUCCCGCAGAAUUCUCAUGGUGCAACAAGGACGGCAAGAGCUAUUGCACCAUCUCGGUGAAUCAGCACAUCCCACAGUACUGUGGCUCUUGCUGGGCGCAGGGCAGUAUGUCAUCUCUCGCCGACCGCAUCAAGAUCGCACGCAAAGCUGAAGGUAUCGACAUCCAACUGUCCGUGCAGCAUUUGAUGAACUGCGGAACGGCAGGUACUUGCAAUGGCGGAGAACCCAACUCGGCCUACCAAUGGUUGAAGGAGAUCAGCGACAAGACCGGCACCGGCAUCAGCUACACCACAGGUCAACCUUACUUGGCCUGUUCCCAUGAUCUCAGCAGCGGUUUCUGCAAGGACGCGGAUUUCACCUGCAGUGCGGCCAACGUGCAGCGCACCUGCGCAACCUUCGGGAAGCAAUGCGUGGGGCUGGCGAAGUAUCCCAACGCCACGGUGGCAGAAUACGGCUCCAUUAAGGGCAAGGAUGCCAUGAUGAAGGAGAUUUUCAAUCGGGGGCCCAUUGCCUGCAAUGUGGAUGCCAACUACAUCCUGAACUACACCACUGGCAUCGUCACUGCCAAGGCAACCGAGACAGACCAUACCAUCUCAGUCGUUGGCUGGGGCACUGAUGCCAAGUUGGGCUUGUAUUGGAUUGUGCGCAAUUCCUGGGGUGAGUAUUGGGGCGAACAGGGCUACUUCCGAGUGCAGAGUGGCGCUUUGGCCAUUGAGCAGGCCCUUUUUUGGGAAGGACAGCUGCGCUUGGGCGACGCCCAAAGACUUCACCGCUCCGGAGAGAAAGAACCAGUGGCGAUGGCAAAAUCCGAUGGGAAGAACUGA